AUAAAAAAUUCACAUUGGAAUUGUCAAUUGUCAUUGAGGGUGAAGAAGGAUAUCCAAAGAAGGAAAGGGAAAUCCAUAACCCACAGAAAAAGAAGAAAACAGAGUUUAAAAGCUUCUUCUUGGAGAAUCUCUCUGAUUUGGAGAAAAAUUAAAAGGGGGAGUUUGAAAAUGGAGAAUUUAAUGGGUUUGCUCAGAGUCCAUGUGUUUAGAGGUGUUAAUCUUGCUGUAAGAGAUGUUGUUAGCAGUGAUCCUUAUGUUAUUUUCAAGAUGGGCAAACAGAAAUUGAAGACUCGAGUAGUGAAGCAAAAUAUCAACCCAGAGUGGAAUGAAGAUCUAACUCUAUCAAUCCAAGAUCCAAAUCUUCCGGUCAACGUGUUGGUAUAUGACAAGGACUUGUUCUCGCUCGACGACAAGAUGGGGGAUGCGGAGUUCGACGUUCGACCUUUCGUGGAAGCAGUCAAGAUGAGAUUGAACAAUCUCCCAAAUGGAACCAUCAUAAGAAAGAUUCAACCAAGUAGGGAAAAUUGUUUGUCUGAAGAAAGUUGUAUAGUUUGGGCAGAUGGAAAAGUUAUUCAGAAAAUGUUUCUAAGGCUAAGAAAUGUUGAGUCUGGUGAAAUUGAGCUACAGUUGCAAUGGAUUGAUAUUCCUGGCUCUAGGGGACUGUAGAUAUAAAAAAAUUAAAAAUAAUUAAAUAAUAAUAUAUUUUAUGAAAUGGGAUUUCUUUUUGGACUUUUA